AUGGCGGAUCCAUCGAAGGAGAACGCGAGGAACUUCUCGCAUCCUCUGGCCGACUCUCCCUCCUCGGCAACGCAGCUACACCCCAGCUCAGGGUCUAUCUCCGCGCGCCUGAAUGCGCUCGAUGCCGAGCGUUCCGUUCUUAAAGCGACCGCUCGUAGAGCGCGAAAUCUUCGCAACGCCCAGUCCGUGACCUUCCGCCUUCCGGCUGAGAUCCUAGCCUCUGUAUUCGACGCCCUGUGGGAUGUUUGGCCACCCUCCCGCUACUUCAAGCUUGGAUCCGACAUACUCCAUUACGAUUUGGGCUGGAUGAAGGCCACCCAUGUUUGUCAGUUGUGGCGGCAUGUGGCCGUAGGAACUCGCAAUCUCUGGGCAGCGCAUCGCAACGUACUGGACAUGCCGACGCAGUUUCUCCCCGUUGUGCUCCUUCGCGCCGGAAACCUUCCUCUGGAUAUUUGUAUUGAUCUCGAGGAAAGGAACAAACAACCACCUGAAGAACUUUGGAGAGAUGACAGUGAUGUUCAUAGGCGCGCGGAGGUCUGGCUAUGUCAGUCCCUAUGCUUGCGCACCGGACAGCUAUCCAUCAACGGCAUCACACGCAGUCUCAUGCGGCUGCUCGAGAAGAAUGCCACCCUCCUCAAACGCCUUCGGGGUUUGCACCUCCAGCCGCCCACCGACGUCACCGACCUCGUGCUUCCAGAUAACCUCGCGCGCCUGCCUUUGUUGACGGAGCUAGCCCUCAACGACAUACCCGUGUCUUGGCGCUACAUUCGCGACCUGACAUAUAUUGAAUAUACCUUCGAUGAAUCAUUCGAAUCCGACCAAAACUUUGACAUACACUUCCAAACUCUCCUCGAUCGCUUACCGUCGCUACACACUCUGAUACUAGGCGAUAUCACUCCAAAAGACCUUCCUCCGGAACAUCAGGAGAUAACUGCACCGCCAAGUCUUCGUCUUUUCAAGAUCUUUCUAUACAUCUGGGACGAUUAUCCCGAGAAGGACAAAAGCAUGCAGGCCUUGCGGUUCUUGGCCACAUUUCAUUUGCCGCCGUCGUGCUCUCGCUUCGCUACAAUCAUGGGUAAUAUCGAUACGACAACCGCACAGGCAACACCAUACGUCGCGCGCUGCAUAGAGUCUUUCUUCUCGUUCGGUCUCACAGCAAACCGCGAGGCAGCCCUUUCACCAGACUCUUUUACAGUUGUCGAAAGCGAGCCACCAAUUCGUCCGCUAAUCAUCGGUAGCCAUCCUGCUUGGAGCAGUGAGCUGUCAGGUUGGGGGAUAGAAGAGCCUCUACGACUCCCUCCUGGCACUGAGAGGUCCCAUCUUUCCAUCGACGGCCUUCGACUAUGGGAUUAUACCUCGUGUUUCAGCAGCCAGGACCUGCGCGCUGUCACGUUCACAAGCGACUUUUGCCAUAUGAUGGGCCAGAAGGAUCGGUGGGCCAAACUUGGUGCAGGUAUACCGCAGGUCCGUCGGGUUGGCAUAUUCUUUGACGACUGCGAACCGUUCCUACGUUCUUUCACCGAGAGCGACGGCGAUGGAGGAUUCACUACGUGGCCGUUACUUGAAGUCAUCGUUCUGCACGACUCAGAGUGUUGUGCACCCGAGAGUGAAAUGAUACCGCAAUUAAACGCUCUCACAAACGCCGUGCGUUUGAGGAAGGAUGCGGGUGCGCCGUUGAAGGAGUUAUUCAUCUCGGAGGACUUCGAGGAGUGGGGGAUCUGGGCCGCAUUGAAGGCGGAGGUGAAGGUCACUGUUUUGAGAGACGAGUAG